AUGCCUUACACCUACGGCCUCCUUGUACUUGCCAUUAUGACCCAAGCGACCCUGGGACAAUCUGAGGGAUCUUUCCAGGUUACUGCGGACUACCCUGCGGGGUGUCAUGGCGGGCCUGGUCCAGGGAGGGGAAGUGUUAUAACCACUCUUAUGGAGCCAUCCUGCAUUUACAGCAAGAAGGGCGUUACAUCCGAAGGUGUGUAUAAGAGGGCUGCCGGGAUCAUCCUUAAGACCAACAGACCUGGGUAUUUUGGCAGUAUGCAUUUGAAUUUCACCGUGUUCACAACGCCUGACAACAAGAGUGGUACCCUGGUGGAAACAUAUGGGUGGGCACACUUGAGCGUCGGUGAUGAAACCAGGGACUUCUGGUGGAACCCUGCUCCGGGUGAGGAUGCCUACGGCCCUGGGUCGCGUAUCCAUAUCGCGACCAUCGACUAUGGUUAUUUCCCUAAGUAUAAGGUGAACAUUUGGAACUCGUGGCAUGCUCUAGAAGGUUCACCGGAUUGCCAAAUGUUACACUUGAUCUCAAAUCAGAGAGCCUCCUCUAAUGUACAUAAUCCUUCAUUCUCCACCGGACAGCAGAUCCGGAUAAGCAAGAAAGAUGGUGGUUGGGACUUCCUGGUUGUGUACCAAUUCCGUGAUACUUCUCCACAGCUUGACGAUUACACCAAGUAUGUCAUCCAGGGCAAUCUCAAGGACAUACCCAGGCUGUAG